GUUCCUUACGUGGCAUACCAGCGCGAGUCAUGAGUAAAUGUGUCCGUCACGAAGUGAACAAAGAGAGUCAGGGUUAAAAUUUUUGCAUAAAUGUGAGUUGCAGCUGCUUGGUGUCUCAUCACUACUUGCAGGGUACAAGAACACAGGUUGGAGGAGUCAAACAGUGCAAGCUUUACCUCUGCAACCGACAAUCAUGGACCGCUGGAGAGGCCGCGUGGCUCUUGUGACCGGGGCAAGUGCUGGCAUAGGUGCAGCCAUCUGCAGGCGCCUGGUGGAAGCUGGUAUGGUGGUGGUCGGGGCUGCGAGAGCCGUUGAAAGGAUUGAGUCUCUUUCCAGGGAACUGGAACUCGAAGGCAAGGCAGGGACUCUCGUAGGCGUGAAGUGUGACCUGAACCAGGACGCCGAUAUCGAGAACCUCUUCAAGGAAAUCAAGAAAAGGUACAAUGGAGUGGACGUCUGCAUCAACAACGCUGCCAUGUCCUACAAUGAUGGUCUCCUAGAGGGGACACCGGAGAGAUGGAGAGAAAUGCUGAACGUCAACAUCGUCGCUCUGUGCCACUGUACCAAGGAGAGCGUCAAGUCUAUGCAAGAGAGAGGAGUCAAUGACGGACACAUCAUCCACUUGAGCAGUAUACUUGGUCAUGGCGUAGGGAUCAUCACAGGAGGCUAUUUCUACAGCUGUACUAAACAUGCAGUUAAAGCUUUAACUGAUGGUCUGAGGCAGGAGCUGAGAGACAUGAAGUCUAAUAUUCGCAUAUCGUCCAUAAGCCCCGGCUACGUCGAAACGGAAUUUUUAGGAAGAAUGAUGGGAGAAGAGGUGGCUAACCAGAUGAAAACAAAAUUCCCAGCAUUAACAGCAGAUGACGUGGCAGCAUCCGUCUGCCAUAUUUUGGCAGCUCCGCCACAUGUCCAGAUUCACGACCUGAUUAUCAAACCUAACGGCGAAUCGGUGUAGAAAGGAAAAACGUUCACUCUGAGAAAACCUCAAGCAAUAGUGAUGUCUGGGGAGCCUGAGAACACAGCAAACUUCUGAUGAGGUGAAACAGUGUCUACUUCUGAUGAAGCGAUGCAAAGAGUAUUUCUGAGGGUCUGGAACUACAGCACUUGUUUUUUUUUAUGUGAUUAUAUAAUUAUAAUUUCUGAAUACCUAAAUUAAAAGUGUCUGUAUACAGGAAAUAAGGCAAUAAAACACUAGUUGUUUUAUAAA